ACUGAGGGAGGUGUCCCGGCGCUACAGAUCCCUGAAGCGGCAAAGGGGAAAGAAGCUUUCUGACCAGGUAAAGAGGGUGACCAAGCAGCUCCUGCUAUCGUUCCAGAGGGAGGACGAGGACGAGGAUGCUGUGCCUCCCACUCCACCGACGGAGGGCACCUCAUCACAGCCGACCUCAUCGGCUGUGCUCAGCCCCCAGCUGCACUCCUCCCAGCGCUCCUCCACCCCCCAGCGCUCCUCCACCCCCCAGCGAGCCAGGAGUGACAUGCUUGAACGUGCUGCUCAACGAGUACAGGAGGCACCAGGAGGGUCCCGAACCAACUCCUAAGCUGAGGGAAAACGUAGGGGGGAAGAUAUAUCGCAUUAAGAACUUUUUGUCCUUCAUGGCCAAAGGAAGGUCAAAGCUCCACACUCUGACCUUCCUGAACGACAUGGACAGGAUCCGGGGGUGGGUGCACAGCCUGAGGAAAAAGGUCAUCGUCGACACCACGAUAAACCACUACAUCAAAAACGUGGCGCAAUUCAUGGACUACCUGGUUGACACCCCUCCUGGGACCUGUCAGCUUUCAAAAAAGGCGCUGGUGGGAGUCCGUCGGGAGGUCCGGUCUCUCAUUCGAGGGUUGAAGCGGCAGGUCACAGUCCACCAAAUGGCGGUGAAAAGGUCGAAGGACGGGCGGCUAAUUUCCAAGCACACCCUGAUCCGGUGCAGGGAAUUAGCCAAGGCCGCGAUCCCGAGGAUUUUCGACCAGCUGGAGAGAGACUUCUCCCAGAAGACUCAGUUUCUUCUUUACGGGUAUAUAACCGCCUAUCUUGGGUCCAUUUAUGGUAACAGAUGCGGCGUGUACCAGAAUUUGACUAUAAAAGAGGUGGAGGAAGCCGUCCAUUCUGGGGAGGUGUUCCUGAUUAACGUGAACAGGCACAAAACCAACCAGGCCUUUGGACCGGCACAGAUGGCGCUGGUGAAAGAAGAGUACACACGGUUUUAGAGGCUGCUGAGCAUCAAAGACAACCUGGUGGGCGGGACUGAGGCAUUCUUCUUUUUCUUCACCUCCACAAAGAACCCGUGCAAGAAUCUCAACAAUUACUUCCAGAUGGCGUGGAAGGAGAUGGGGC